CCUUUUACUUCACAUAUAAAAAAUUGUUGUUCUUAUUGUUAAAUCUAUAACAUUGAUGAAUGUAUAAUGCUAAGUUGUGUUUGUUGUUUCAGCAUGGCUAGCAAGUGCACGGUGGAGAGCUUGGUACAGCAGGUGAGCCAGCUCUCAGACGUGGAGAAGUUCCUGCUUUACCUCAAACUACCCGUCGGACGACCCCCAGACACAGACCCGCUCAAACACAUUCAAAAACAAGCUCAAAUUACAUCUUGCAGUCCACUGAAUCCCUUGGGUAGCCGUUGUGAAAUACAGCUGACUAUAACAUGGAUUCGAACCCACUUGGAGAUGAAUAGUGAGGUGUCACUGCCAAAACGUGAGGUUUACAACGAAUAUACGCAUUACUGCAACCUCAACAACAUCAAAGCUCUGAGCACAGCAGACUUUGGUAAAGUGAUGAAGCAAGUGUUUCCAGGGGUGAGACCACGACGACUUGGCCAGCGUGGUGCCUCCAAGUACUGCUACUCUGGUCUUCGCAAGAAAUAUGCCCUUGAUCCUCCUGACCUACCUGAUCUCAAUGACAACAUGACGAAAAAAAAUAUGUUAGGUGUGGACUGUGUGGUGGAUGAAAGUGAGGUUGAACGAGCUGCCAGCUGCCUGGUGAUGGAGUGGGCUGAGAAGCUGUGCUCAGUCAAAUUUGAGUGCAUCCGUGACCUGGCUUUACACCUCAUCCAGAAAAACUACGUUGAUAGUCGAUCAAUGGCUGCCUUCACACUCCUCUCAGUUGCUGAUCAGAAACAAGGGAUGUUGGUAGGAAGUGGAGCCACGGGUGGGAAGCACAGAGAGACUCAACUCCAGCUACAACGCAAACUUCAGGAGCGGGAACACAUACGAGAGCAGAAGAGAAAGCUUCAGGAACAACAGCCCACAGUGAAUAAAUGUAAUAAUGAGCGACCAAAGUCUAGACGACGAAGUGGAGCAUCUCGCAACCCAUCUGGUGAGACCCUAGCAAAUGGGAGCCCAGCCACUACUAUAAACAAGUCUGGUCCUCACCUUCCUACUGCCACAUCCAUAUCCAGCACCAUCUCAACCACAACCACCAACAGCAACUGUGAUAGCUUGACCUGCGAGCUUCCUAAUGGUGCUACUAAUGAUGUCUCCACCAUCAACACUAAUGUGCUUGGUGUUGCAACUAUCAAGCAAGAGCAGCCACUAGAUUUUCUUGACUCUCUUACUGAUGAUAAGAUCCUCAGUACCAAAUCUAAUGGGGAUGGGAAGAAUGGAAACUUUAAUAGUUGUAGUAUAAUAACUAAUGUAGAACAUUCUCAACAACCAAUCAGAAGAAACUGUAGCACUAGUAACAUUAAUUUUGUAUCAGAAGUUAAGAAACCAUUGGGAGGUAAAGUACCUAUUUCUAAAGCCAAUCCUCCAAAGAAGGCAUUCCUUAUCAUGCCUUCUGUCCCUAAAAGUACAUCACCAAAAGCACGUUUUAAAGCCAUCCAGCCCAAAGUGACAGAGAAUAAUCAAGGGACAAUUACAGGAGGUUCACAGUGGGCAGAUGUACUAGGUGGAAGGACAGAAGACCUUUCACAGCCGAGGGCAGAACACUUGUUGACCAAUAGCUUUGGAGGCUCGAACCUAGUAGAGCCAACACCCCAGCAGCAAGGACAGAAGGAAUCACAGCAGCUGGGAUUAAAUAAUAAUAAUAAUAACUGUACAAAUAGUCAGGAGGCAGAGGAUGAGCUCAUGCAAUAUUUCCAUAAGAAUGCACUAGACUUGGACGAUGCACAAAAGUCCAGUCAAUUGUCAGAGUUGCGUAAAUUGUUACAAAGGAACCUUCCAGGGGUUCAAACUCAGGGUGGUGUUGGGGGAGGUCAGAGGUCUCUAGUAAAUGAUUCAGACAUGCUAGAUCAAGAUGCAUCAGUUCCUGGAGGAAUGAGGCGGAGAGUAAGUUUCCAGCCUUCCCUAGAUGGAGGAGAAGCAUUAAAUCCCCUGAUGGGUGGCCAGACUGUAGGGUCAGUUCCACCCAGCCCUAAUACUCGUAGGACACAGUUUAAUUUUACUCCAAUUAGUAGUAACCUUGACCAAGCACAGGGCAUGUCACAGUGCUCUAGUGCCAAUGCUAGCCCUUUUAUGUCUCCUCGCAAUACCCCAUUGCCUAGAUCACGACACAAUUCCGGCCAGACUAACUCGACUUAUGUGACACCCCGCAGUACACCCUUUACCCCAGAUCAGCCUAACUACCCAGUUACAUCAGAAUGCAAUACACCCUUUAUGUCUCCAAUUACUACACCACUGUUUCCAAGAUCACGGCAUAACUCCAGUCAGAAUCUUCGUACCCCAUAUACUCCUACUUGUCGCUCACGGCACUCCUCGGGUGCUCCAACUUUUAGACAUGCUCCUUAUACCUCUGAUGAUAUGUCUAGCCGCCGUGGAGGAAAGUUUCGCUCUAGGCAUUCCUCUGGAAGUGUUCCACCAUCACCUUCCUCUGCUCCCUUGUCUCCUUUGGUGCAGGAUGGUUCCGUACAUCAGCAACAUGAUUCUAUGAGUUUACAACUUCCUUCAGCCUCUAUGCUGCAUCAUAUGCUCAAAAAUAAGCAACCUGUUGGGAGUGGUAUUAAUGACCUGCGCCGCCGUCAUAUGUCUGCUGGGCCUACCAUUCACUAUCAGCCUCAGCCUCCAGCAUUCCCAACUGAUCCAUUAUCCCAAGAAAUAACUAGUGUAAUGACCAACUCUCAGCCAGGACCUAGCAGUGCACCUUCAGGAAAUUCAAACAGACCCCAGUCAGUUCCAUUAUUGCAGAUGCUCAACAUGACAUCCUGUAAUCCAGAAGCUUUUCCAAAAUCUCAGCCAAACACCCCUAUUGUUAAUCAACAAUUCUCUUUUUCUGACUGCUGUGUGUCUCAGCCUUCAUCUUAUGCCCCAACUCCAGUGCCCAGUGAAUACAAUGAUUUUACAGAGAGUUAUAAUUUGGAAAUUGAUCCCAUGUUAGAUGUGAAUUUACAAAGUGAUGCUGGUGCUUCAGUUGGACUUGAUAGUAUGGAAUCUUUAACUUUGCCAGAAAAUCAAUCUACUGACCUUUCUACUCUGUCUGAUCCUAUGCAGGUCCCUCCAAACAUUAAUCCAUUUUCACUUAAUUAUCAGACUGACAGUGGAGGCCUGAGAACAAUGGAUGAGCAGAUAACAAGGAACGAGGCUACUCUCAGUGGUGGCAGUUGUUGCUUAGACACACUAAGAAGUCAGCAGGGAGAUAGUGUUGGUAGCAGUGCACAAGGACCACUUAUCAGCCCUGCCUCCAUGCUCACGUUGAAUGCCCUUAAUCGUGCAGGCCUGACUCUGGAGAGUGGUGGUAGUGGUGGACUUGAGGAAGACUUCCAGCCCACUCUUGGUGAUCUUGGUGACCAGGAAGUGUUCAACAAUCUGGUGCUGGAUGUGAACAAAGACUGACAUCAGCCUGCCACAUGGGCAAAGUAUCUGACAUAAUAUUUUAGCUCAGUUGGCCAACUAUUACUCUGUAUAGUUUUACACAUUAGUACAUUCACUGUGUACUCUUAGUCAAUGUGGCACAUUAGAACAUACUCAAACACUUGAGCAUACACACACACACAAAAAUAAUCACUCAUACCUGGAACUUAAGCUCAUAUGACUGUGUACCUGUAACCUAAAUUAGUACGGUCAAGAGUCUCCAGAUAAGACCCAGGUUUAGUGAAGCCAACACUAUGCGUUCCAUCACAUAAUGUCCUUUGGCUUAAAAUUGUUGAUAUCUAAAGAAUCCAGGAAUGUAUAUAGUUUUAUUUUAUCUACACUUGCAUUACAAAAAAUAUCAGUGCUGAUUAUAAAUUGUCAGAGUCCUCUCUCAGACAGAAGUGAUCUCAGAAAAUGGAAUUUGCCCUACAUACAGUUUAACUUUGCAAGUAGAAUAAAAAGAACUUAUGUAUUAUAACCUUGGUCUUGUAGUGUUUGAUUAGUAGUUGGGCAACAGUGCACUUUUCAGUGAAAGGCAUGUGGCAGGAUGCAUUAAAGAUUACACAACAACUGAACACCUAGGUCAGCAUGUAUCUAAAAAUUAUUUAUUAUGAAGCGAUAAUGACACCAACUAAUACAGCAGGUGUUUCAGUGUUUAGAAAUUUACAAAUAAAUUGGUAAGCCACUUAUGAAAAUAGCUUAGUGGCUGUGCUGUAAGGGACUUUGAUUUUAUAAUAUAAUAAUAAUAAUAAUUAUAUAUAUAUUUU